CUGCAGCAGCAUAAUUCCCCCCCUGUGCACAUGGGAGACGGCGCAGCACACACCCACCCAUUCGACGAUGUUGUAGUACGCUCCUCCGAAAUGUAUAUUCUGCGCGGUGUUCUAGUCCUGUCGAAGCCCGUUGGAUCCACGCGCCUGCGACAGGCGACGGGGAGGACACGGCGGACUGGAACUGCCCAUCUCCUCCUACGGAACCUUGUACCUCCUCUACCUGCAGCUUGAUGCCGCAUUGCAGGUGCAGGUACCGAUAUCGACAGACGGAGGAGGUAUCGUGGGGUCUGGCCCACUCCGACCUCAUCGCGAACCUCCUCCACCGAGAGUCUCCAGCAGCAGCAGCAGCAGCUCAAGGGUGGAGUGAUGAUGUUGUAUCAGAGAGUCCACUUCCCGAUACUCUUUCCAACCUUGGGCUACCUGCGAUCCACAAAUUACAGUGGCUGCAGCAUCAUCAUCAUCAACAUCAUCAUCAAUAUCAUCAUCAUCGUCGUCAGCGUUAUACAGAUAAACGACGAACGGGCGAAUUCCAACAUCAGAACCAAACUUCUCUCCCGCAGAGCGUGCAGCAGGGAGCCAUGAAUUUCUUGCCCUGAGCCCCAUGCCGAUUGGUCGCUGACCAUGCAGCCCUA